CACACACACACACACACACACACACACACACACACACACACACACACACACACACACACACACACACACACACACACACACACACACACACACACACACACACACACACACACACAGUCUCUGCUGCCAGAGCUCCACUUACAGCUCAAGCCUCUCAAAUCUGUUUUUCUUGUUGAGAUCAGCACACGGUUUAACGCCACACAGCUGCAACUGGAGAGAGGAGAGAGGAGAGAGGAGAAGAGGAGCAAGAACCUGUGUUUUGAACUUCUCCCGGACGUUCACCCUCUAAUCUUUUGGAGUUUGUCCUCAGGACCAUUCAAAGAAAAGGAGGGUCUGAGUUCACGUGACAUAAUCAUAGUGAAUGGGCUGCCAUGUUAACUGACACGGGUAGCCUGACCCGGGAAAACUGGAUGUUGAAUAGAGGAAGAGCCUCGGUGGUAGAAAGCAACCGAAAGUAAGGUGAACUCAGCGGGAGGAGAGAGAGGGAACAAGAGAGGAGGGAGUGGAGGAGCACGGUGGAAGUCCAGAAUGGAGGACGGGUUCUCCAGCUACAGCAGCCUCUAUGACACCUCUUCGCUGCUGCAGUUCUGUAACGAUGACAGUGCGUCGGCAGCCAGCAGCAUGGAGGUGACGGACCGCAUCGCCUCCCUGGAGCAGCGCGUCCAGAUGCAGGAGGACGAGAUCCAGCUGCUCAAGUCAGCGCUGGCCGACGUGGUGCGCCGCCUCAGCAUCUCUGAGGAGCAAAACACCAUGACCAAUAGGAGGGGGCCCACCAAAGCUGUAAACCCAGCUGUGAUGAAAAGAUCCCCCUCAUCAGAAAGCAAUGUUGGAAAGCCAGCCAGACCCAUGAUGGCUGCCCUCCCUCUAAGGCCCAUGGUCAACAACGGCACUGUCCUACCAAAGAAAAGUGGCGGCACGCUACCGUCCCUCUCCAGCUCCAGGAAGGAUGCUGCUGCAACAGCAACCAAGAGCACUGUGAGGAGAACCAACUCCAACGAAACGAUGAGCACGCUGACACGCAAAGACAGCGGAGACUCCAAGAGCAACCGCACCCGUGCCGGCUCCACCGGGAGCAACUCCAGCAGCAAGAGAGCCAGCGAAAGCAAACUGAAGGAGCCCGUUUUCAAUACAGGGAUGCGACGAGUGACACACUGCAAAGAGGAAGGAUAUGUGAAAAUGUAUUUGAAGGGACGGCCCAUCACCAUGUACAUGGCUAAAGACCUUGUUGAGACCUACUGCCUGGAAGCCAAAUCGGACCUGCCAAACAAGAAGCUCAAGCUGGACUGGGUUUAUGGGUACAGGGGGCGUGACUGUCGCUCUAACCUGUACCUGUUACCCACGGGAGAGACGGUGUACUUCAUCGCUUCUGUGGUGGUUCUCUACAACGUGGACGAGCAGCUCCAGAGGCACUACACCGGCCACACGGACGACAUCAAGUGCCUGGCUGUCCAUCCUGAUAAAAUCACCAUAGCAACGGGACAGGUGGCAGGCACCUCUUCCGAUGGCAAACAGUUGGCUCCUCAUGUGCGGGUUUGGGACUCAGUGAGUCUCAACACCCUCCACGUUCUGGGAACAGGCUUCUUUGACCGCGCCCUGGUUUGCCUCGCCUUCUCAAAAUCGAACGGAGGCAACACAUUGUGUGUAGUAGACGACUCCAACGACCAUGUACUCUCCGUGUGGGACUGGCAGAGAGAGGAGAGACUGGCUGAUGUCAAGUGUUCCAACGAGGGAGUGUUCGCUGCCGACUUCCACCCCACCGACACCAACAUCAUAGUCACGUGUGGGAAGUCCCACCUCUACUUCUGGACUCUGGAAAGGGGCACCCUUGUCAAGAAGCAAGGCUUGUUUGAGAAACAAGAGAAGCCCAAGUUCGUCUUGAGUGUGACUUUUUCAGAAAAUGGAGACACCAUAACUGGGGACUCAAGUGGAAAUAUACUUGUGUGGGGGAAAGGCACUAAUCGAAUUAGCCACGCCAUUCAGGGAGCACACGAUGGGAGCAUCUUUGCGCUGUGUAUGUUGAGGAGUGGCACACUGGUGUCAGGGGGAAAAGAUCGGAAACUCAUCUCUUGGGAUGGGAGCUACCAGCAGAUACAAUCGGUUGAGGUUCCUGAAUUAUUUGGUCCUGUCCGGACUGUUGCCGAGGGCAAAGGGGAGAGUGUACUUAUUGGGACCACCAGGAACUAUGUUCUACAAGGCAGUUUAUAUGGCGAAUUUACCCCCAUCACUCAAGGUCACACAGAUGAGCUGUGGGGGUUGGCCGUGCACCCCUGGAAGCCCCACUUCCUCACCUGUGGUCACGACAAGCACGUCAGCCUGUGGGACUCCUCCUCACAUCAGCCUGUCUGGACCAAGACUAUGGAGGACGCGGCCCAGUCUGCUGGAUUCCAUCCCUCUGGAGCAGUGGUUGCUAUAGGAACGCAGACCGGCAGGUGGCUGGUGCUGGAUACCGACUCUAAGGAUCUAGUCACAGUGCACACAGAUGGGAAUGAACAGCUGUCUGUUAUCCGCUUUGCACCGGAUGGUAAUUUCCUGGCGAUCGGCUCUCACGAUAACUACAUCUAUAUCUACGUAGUGGGGGAGAGUGGCAGGAAGUACAGCAGAUUGGGAAAGUGCUCGGGUCACUCCAGCUUCAUCACCCAUCUAGACUGGUCAGUGGACUCUCAGUACCUGGUGUCCAACUCAGGAGACUAUGAGAUACUCUAUUGGAUCCCGUCUGUGUGUAAACAGGUGGUGAGUGUGGAGACCACCCGGGACAUCCCCUGGGCCACCUCCACCUGCACCCUGGGCUUCCAAGUCUUUGGGUUAUGGCCUGAUGGCUCUGACGGGACUGACAUCAACGCAGUCUCCAGAUCUAAUGAGAAGCAGCUGCUUGUCACAGGUGACGACUUUGGAAAAGUCUGCCUUUUCUCAUACCCCUGCUGUCAAUUUCGGGCUCCCAGUCAUGUCUAUGGCGGACACAGCAGUCAUGUGACCAAUGUGAACUUCCUGUUUGACGACAGUUGCCUGGUUUCCACCGGGGGCAAGGACAUGAGCGUCAUGCAGUGGAGAAUAGUGUGAGGCAGACAUUUUGGGGCAACAGACAUGCAGUUUCUUUAUGGAUCUGGGUAGGGUGGGGAAGGGAAGGGAUGCAGCCCCAGAGGCUUUCCUGUAUAUGGAUCCCAAUGAGCUUAUUGGAGUAGGAGGAAGUUGCCCCUAGAUCCGCACCUAGUUUUGCAUUUCCCCCAUUAAUAGUUUAGGAUAGGAUUUGGGCAGGACAAGCUGAUCCUAGGUUAGUUCAUAGGAUUGGAUUGUUGG